UAGAAAAUCAAGUCAAAUCCUUCAACUCACAACUCAGAAGAAAUAGAAUGGCCACAAUCAGUCUCCGCAAGGCCAACACCCGUCUCCCACCCGAAGUGAACCGCGUUCUCUACGUUCGGAAUCUCCCCUUCAACAUCUCCUCUGAAGAGAUGUAUGAUAUCUUUGGCAAAUACGGCGCCAUUCGGCAGAUACGCAUCGGCACCAACAAGGAUACAAGGGGCACGGCAUUCGUUGUCUACGAAGAUAUCUACGACGCCAAAACCGCCGUCGACCACUUGUCGGGCUUCAACGUCGCCAACAGGUACUUGAUUGUUCUUUAUUACCAACAGGCUAAGAUGAGCAAGAAAUUCGAUCAGAAGAAGAAGGAGGACGAGAUUGCUAAGAUGCAGGAGAAGUAUGGAGUUUCUACUAAAGAUAAGUGAUGGGCAUUGGAUGUUUAUGCGAAUUUUUUUAAAAUUAGGUUAUGGGUCUCAAAAGAUGCAUGGAUAUUGUUGUAUGAGAACUAAAAAUGGUUUUAUGAUAAACUUUUUAGUUAGAUUUUGUGAAUAUGAAAUUUUGUUCGUGUUAAUUUUCGGAUUGUUUUAUGUGGGAUGCUAUGAUAAUUCAGUAAAGAUUAUCCUUUUUUUGUUUGGAAA